AUGGCCACCCAAAUAGCCCUCAGAGCGAAAAUCAUGGUCACCUCUAUCAGAGAUGAAUCCCACAUGAAGGGGGGAAACCAGGACCUUGCUACCCAAAUUGCCCCCAGAGCCAACAAGAAAGUGAAAAGGAGGGACCAAGAUCUUGCUACCCAAAUACCCCUCAGAGCGAAAAUCAUGGUCACCUCUAUCAGGGAUGAAUCCCACAUGAAGGGGGGAAACCAGGACCUUGCUACCCAAAUUACCCCCAGAGCCAACAAGAAAGUGAAAAGAAGGAGGUUCAAGAAGUCAAAGCCAGAAAAGGAGGAUCACAACAUUCUUCCGAGUUGUUUGGGUGAAGGGAUGGUAGAUGAACGCUUGAAAAAGGGUUGUACUCACCAGAUUUUGCUAAGCCUUGGGGAAGAAUCACCGGACCAAGAAGAACAGACGAUGUACAGUCAUUACUGGGAUUUGGACUAUCCUGCAACUAUCUUCAUUUUCAAAUAUACUUCGUUGGGGACACUUACAAAGGCAAAGCCAGCCAAGAAGCCAAAGUCAGUCAAAUCUAAGACUCGGACAACCUUUCUGUGGGCAAUGGCAAGAUAA